CCCUGGAGCGCAGCUUCCCGCGGGGGUCACCCCCGGGACGCGCCCGUCAGGCGGGCGCUGCGCUCCUGCGGCCUUCGCUGUUCUGCAGCCCUCGGGACCUCGUUCCGCGAGGGGAAAACCCGGUGGGGCAGGAGCAGCGCGCACGCCCCGUGCCCGUUCUUUGGAUCGGCUUCCCGGGAGCGGCUCUGACGGAACCGAGCCGGAACCCAACCCCGGGCCCCGGGGCAGCACCGCGCCUCAGCCCGCGGCCCCGCCCCUGCGCUCCCAUUGGUCCUUCUGAGUGUGGGCGGUGUUUUGUCCCUGAGGAAGGAGUAAGCACUCCCAGCAGCAACACAAGGGGUGGCCUCCAGUCCAGGAGCUUGGGCAGGAGUGAUGGAGACUUCUGAUGAGGAAAUCUUCAUUGCAGCCACCUCCUCCCCUUCUGAUGCAGAGUUUGAUGCAGUUGUUGGGUGUCUGGAGGAUAUUAUCAUGGAGAGUGAUUUCCAGUUAAUACAGAGGACUUUUAUGGAGAAGCACUACCAGGAGUUUGAGGACUCAGAAGAAAACAAGCUCAUCUAUACUUCUGUUUUUAAUGAAUAUAUCUCUUUGGUAGAGAAAUACAUUGAAGACAAACUGCUUGCUCGGAUUCCUGGUUUUAAUAUGACAGCUUUCACCAUGUCACUGCAACAGCACAAAGAUGAGAUGACAGGUGAUUUAUUUGAUAUACUUCUCACUUUUACUGACUUCCUGGCAUUCAAAAGAAUGUUCUUGGAUUACAGAGCUGAAAAAGAAGGUCGAAGUGUGGAUUCAAGCCUUGAGUUAGUGGUGACUUCAUUAAAUAAAUCAUCAAUAUCCUCCUCCUAGAACAGUUCCUGCAGUGCUUUUCUUCUCCACGAGUGCAUUUGGACUUGAAAGUGCUGAGGGUCCUGGGAAACAUGGUGCAAUCUGAUGGAAACUCAUUCACCCUCCAGACAGCACCUUCAGAGGCCUGAUCCUAAAAACACCUCUUAGCCAGGUCUGGUUGUGGUCAGGGACCAGAGAAUCAGACAUUUCUGCCUCUACCAGAGCACUUGGGUUUGGUGGGCUCCUUCCCAGCUCUGCCCCGAACACAACUUUUCCAUGAGCACAGAAAUCAGUGCUCGGGCACACAUGGGCAAUCGGUGAGCAGAGGAGCUGCUGGUUCCCAAGAAGAAACCAGAAAACAACAAUAACAACAAAACAUUGUCAUGUUUUUAACAAAUCAGAUGUAGCUCCACUGCUAUGGGAAUCCUAAGGGUACAGCCAGAGAAAACUAAACUUUAAAAUCUCGUUGUUUUUCUGCUGACAGUGUAUGGACUGGAGCUCUACACUUCCCAGCUGUGUAACAUUGACUUAGAAUGUCAGGAACAUAAAAUUUUAAAAGAAUCCCAUUUGCUUUUUUAAUUGUUCAUUGAUGAGCUA